AGAAGGACGACCGUUGGAAACCGCCAUCAGCGAAGCUUUGAAGCAUAAAGAUUCUCCUCAACGAACAAACCCAGAGCCGCGCGACUCCUAACGUCCAACGUCUAGCCCACGAUUCCCAACCCUCUAGCAAACGCCCUCGCCACAGCUAUCGCCGCUAAGACCACCAAGUUCGCAAUAUCUAUAAACGAUACAAUAAAUAUGCAGCAGCAUCCAAAUUAUGGCCACUCUCCGCCACUUCACCAUCCAGUUCCUCAACAUGUCUCUACAGUUCCACAACUAAGAUCGCCCCCACCGCCGACGUCGUCGCAACCGCAGCAGCAAGGUGCAUAUGGAAACCCCUAUCAGCAAAGCACGCCCGCCAGCGGCACCAAUGUCUUCGGCACCUAUGGAAAUUUUAUGAAUGAUCCUAUGGCCGCGCAAUUUGUUGGCCAAGUUGGUCAGAAUGCCUUCAAGCACGUCGAACAAAAUAUGAACCGAUGGGUGAACUUUUCCGCCCUCAAGCACUACUUCAACGUGUCGAACAAAUACGUUGUCAACAAGCUCUUCUUAGUGCUCUUCCCCUGGCGACACAAGCCUUGGUCGCGAAGGCAGACCGUUGGACCUAAUGGACAGGAGGGAUGGUACCUACCACCGCGAGACGAUAUAAACAGCCCCGACAUGUACAUUCCGGUCAUGGCACUCGUGACGUAUAUAUUAUUAUCGACUCUAAUAGCCGGUCUACGGGGGCAGUUCCAGCCUGAGCUGUUAGGAUACACUGCUUCUACGGCGGGAGUUGUCGUCAUACUUGAGAUUCUGCUUUUGAAGCUAGGAUGCUACUUUCUAAGUAUAUCGAAUGAGUCUCAGCUGCUCGACCUGGUAGCCUACUCAGGAUACAAGUUUGUCGGUAUCAUCGUGACUGUCGCUAUCGCCGAGCUCAUGAACGGAGGCAGGGGGACUGGCGGUUGGAUCGGAUGGACUGUCUUCCUAUACACGUUCCUAGCAAAUUCCCUGUUUCUGAUGCGAUCAUUAAGAUACGUCCUCCUCCCGGAAAGUUCUGGAGGGGAUGCGCGAGGUCCAAUGCAGACGGACACGCGUACGAAACGAAACCAGCGAACCCAAUUUUUAUUCGCUUACUCGUAUCUCAUACAGCUUUUGUUCAUGUGGAUUCUCAGCAGAGGCUAGAUAGACCUGUCAGAUUCCAUCGCCAGCUUUCGCGGACUCUCGAAGGUCAUCUCACUUCGUUUGUGGGAGGGGAAACUGAAGAUUUAAUCAUGCUCGGGCUUGCCGUUAUGCGGAAGUGUUCGAAAAGUCUGAAUUAUCAGGCUUAUUUUAGCCAAGAAGCACAGCAUUCCCACAAGAAGCUUCCAUAUGACGAAAUGAGAUGGUUUAGUAUAAUUUACAUGGAAAAUAAAUUAAUUGUCUGGAUAUCUCGAAGAGGCGACGUUGUGUGACAGUUCCUUCGUGCUGGCGGAAUGAAGAUGAACUACAUAGGGGAUACAUCCAUGGCAGGGUAUUUAAUUGGUUGAUUCCCCAAU